GGCCAGCAAAAUUUUGACAUUAUUGUCGUGUCUGUAAUGGCAGUCGACGGAGAAAACGUCGAAUUGAUAGACCGAAAAUUGUCGCGAACUAGCUUUAUCUCCGACGUUGGAAGCAUGAAAAUUGAGGCUGAGGACGAGCUGAGCAUCGAGGACAAACACAGCGUGCAGAAAUGGGGCUUCAAGGUCCGCGACCUCUACAAACUGGCCCUCAAGUUUUACAAAGAGAAGGAGGGCAAAGCUGUCCAUCUAUCGUAUGACGACAAGUUGAAGCUGGUGGCGUACACCCAGCAGGUCGUGCAGGGUCCGUUCAAUCCGGACAAACAGCCUGAGCUCGGAGUCUUAGACGUCAUCGGCCGAGAUCGGAGAGUGGCAUGGCAGGCGUUGGGCAGCAUGUCCCAAGUGGACGCGCAGCUGGCUUUCGUCAACCGGCUGCAGGAGCUGUGUCCGCUCUUUGACUCGUUCGUCGAGGCCAACAAGCGCGACUGCGAGGAGAAAAAACGGCAGUUACAAAACGAGCGAGAGCGGCAAAUCGUCGAGGCGGAGCGCAAGGCUCUCGAGGAGGAACUACUCAAGCAGCAGCAGGCGGAGCAGGCCAGGCAGGAAUACCAAAGGAGGCAAAUCCAGGACGCUUUGAACCAGCAGACGUUCACGCAGUUCAAGGCGUACGCCGAGCAGCAGUACCCUGACAACCCUGACCAGCAGGGCGUGCUGAUCCGACAGCUACAGGACCAGCACUACCACCAGUACAUGCAGCAGCUGUUGCAGCGGCCGCCACCCAACAACAACAUGCCAAACCACCGAACGACCACCGACCUGGCCACCGCCGACGACAACGAGAAGAGCCAGCUCCUCUCGAACGGGACAAGCGCGGACGCUGACGAGAGCGAGGAUUCGCAAGAGUAUUCGCCGAUUUCUCCGGCCAACAUGUGGACGCGGAAGGACAUCCGCGAGUUCAAAGACGCCAUCAGGCGAGAAGGCGGCGACUCGAUAAUCAAAGUCGGACACGGGGAAACAGUCACAGUUCGAGUUCCAACGCACGAGGACGGCACGUGUCUAUUCUGGGAGUUCGCGACGGACAGCUACGACCUCGGAUUCGGCGUCUUCUUCGAGUGGAGCAAACCCGAGAGCAGCCAGGUGUCGGUGCACAUUUCUGAGAGCGAGGAUGACGACGAGGAGGAGGACGAAGAGGACGAUGACGAGGACUUUUCUGCAUUGUUGAGAGAGACGCUGGGCGACGACCUGGAGCGCGGCAGCGGUCAGGACGGGACCGUCGGCGUUGGCGGCGGCGGCGGCCGAAGCUCCGUGAGCCGGGCGCCGAUGUCGAUCGUGGUGCCGGUGUACCGGCGCGACUGCCAGGAGGAGGUUUACGCCGGCAGCCACACGUACCCUGGCGCCGGCGUCUACCUGCUCAAGUUCGACAACUCGUACAGCCUGUGGCGCUCGAAAACGCUCUACUACCGCGUCUACUACACCAGAUGAUGCCAGUACCAGCUCGCCAAGGGUACCUAGAGAGAGUCGCCGGCCUCUGCUGCUGCAUUUCAACCCCCUUCUUGCGUCGAAGCAAACCCCUGCCUGCUGUUGACUGUUUUGUGUAAUAUUUAUUUGCCGUUUUCCUGUUGAGUGGACGCUAUAGGAGAUGAAUAGAAAGCUUUGCAAUUGUCCGAACGGUUGCACUUGUUUUGUUUUUGAUCAAUUGGGAGUUGAAACUCGUUGGGGUUGGAAGUUACUGUUGUGAUUUUGAGAAGGAAAAAAUUUGUCACUGAAAAUUUAUAUUUUUAGCAGAUCUUUUAAUUCCCUAUGUCAAAGAUAGUCUUUAAAAAUAUUAAUUUGAAUUAAAAUUGGUCAUUAUUUCGCUUUUUGACGUAGCAAGUAUUUAAAGUUGCUGAAAAUCCAAUCGUUGAAAGUGUUUGCAGUUGCCACCGUUAAAUUUAUAUUUUAGGAAUUUUUAUCUGCCUCCGUUUCAGAUUUAAUUCUGUUGCUUUGCGUUCUUGGUUUUUAAAUAAAAUCAAAUACAAAUCGAACGUUCCAUGGUUGCGUAAAAACUAGUCUCACGACAAAAAUAUAUUAAAUUUCCCAACGCCUAACGCGUCUCUUCUCUCCGUUUUUGAACCUCGUUCACGUUGUUGAUUUUAUUCCGGAUAUUUUAUAUAUUUAGAAAAAAUAAUAUUCCCUGUCGAAAUGUGUUCGCCCCGCACCUGUUUUAGAUCUCUCCUUUCAGCGAUAUAAAAAUAACAUAUAUAAUAGAAUAUACGGAGAUAACGAUAUUAGAAAGGUUCCGUGCCGCUACUGUGGACUUGUGUAGCCGUGAAAUGUGUUUCGUGGUGUGUGUCGAGUGACAGACUGAAGAGGAAGAAGUGAGGAGCGCGCGCGAUUGACCCACUCGCAGGUGUGUGAUAAGUGUCUGCAUUUGCGCAGAGCAUGCUAAUCGCAAAUCGCAUGCUCCCUCUCGUAUUAUUCGCUGUAAAUCGAGCAAAAUUCAGUGAAAAUAAAAGUUAAAAAGUGGACAAAAGUAAAA